GCUAAGUUUUGAGAUUUAUAACUGUAUAAUCUUGUUUAUUUGCCUUUUCACUCGUGCAUUACAAAACUACUAUACACAAUCAAUAUAAAAAAUCAUCAGUUUAAAAAUUAAUAUUAACAUUUUUAUGAACCCUUAUUCUGUCAUUGUUCCUGUAUUUUUUUGGACAGUAAAUCUAAGACAAGUUAUUAUAGAAUCGAUUCUUGCGUAAUCGAUUAUCAUCCAUCCCUAUGUCAUAUCCAAUAAUUUGACAGUUUGACACUUAUUUGGCAUUUGUAAAUUUGUAUUAGAACCAAAAUAAAAAAUCAUUUUUAUAAUUUUUUAUACCAUAGCAUAGUCAACGCUAUCACCACCAUUCUUAAGGCAAUAUGGUUCGAAUCACUACAGUGCUUUCACGUGUACCUGUAAUUAAAUUUCGCAAGGGAGGCGUUAGUCAAUCAGCAGGUGGAUCUACGGUUCAUGCAACUGCACCAUCAGCCUCUGCACCCAGAUCUCAAUCACAACCUACUGCAGCAAUGAGCACUGGCCCUAUACUGGACAUUGAUCUCCCAGCCCGUUACAGAAGACAGCCUCUAUCACAAGAAGAGAUUGAUCAUAUUAAUGGCGGUGGAAUCGUUUAGUCCCUCUACUUACCCUUUACUUGUAGAUACAAUUUAUAACAUAUAUUUUAGAAUCAUAGAAAUAAUGUAUUUUAUUUAUUACAUAAUUAAUGUUGUUAAUUGUUAUUUUAUCUGUUUAAAAAAUAUUGUGUAAAUUACAAUGACUUUAUUUAUUACAUAACUUACUUAAUUUUAGUGUUUCCAUAGUAUUUAUCAGUAUUUCAUGUAGCUACUGUAAUCCCUUUUACCAUUGCGACUACAUAUAUCCAUAAUUACAAUAGAGCCAUAAUUUUCAUAGUUCUUUUAUUUAAAAAAAUAUAUAUGAGGUACACCUGUUCCUCAGACUAGAUAAAAACUUCAGGUUCCCAAAGCAUAAUUAUAAUUAAUAAAAUAAUGAUUAACAUUUUUCAAUUUUGUUGCAGAAAGCAUAAAUCACCUUUAACAGACUCAACUGAAAAAGCUUUUUGCUGUUAUAAAAGUAUAGUAGUAGUAUUUUUUUUCUCUAUCUACAAGGAAACUGUGGGGCAGUUUCCAUGUAGAUAGAGAAAAAAAUACAUAAAAA